ACGUCGGAAGAAGGCGGGCCCCACCCACCGGCCAGCUCUCAGCCCUUCUCGACGCGCCACUCUUUGGCUGAGAAAAAGAAGCACCGGCGGGAGCGAGGAGCGUGAGGGACCGGCGUCCAGGCCUCCCAGUCACCAGUGACGAAGGGGAGAUGUCGGACCUCGGGGACUGGUUCCGCAGCAUCCCGUUUAUUACCCGCUACUGGUUUGCAGCUGCCAUCGCGGUGCCCCUCUUCGGCAAGCUAGGCCUGAUCAGCCCCGUUUACCUCUUCCUGUGGCCCGACGCCUUCAUCAACCGCUUCCAGAUCUGGAGGCCAAUAACCGCCACAUUUUAUUUCCCUGUUGGCCCAGGGACAGGCUUUUUAUAUCUGGUGAAUCUCUAUUUUUUGUAUCAGUAUUCAUCACGUCUGGAAACAGGUGCUUUCGAUGGAAGGCCUGCCGACUACAUGUUCAUGCUGCUGUUUAACUGGAUUUGCAUAGUUAUUACUGGCUUAGUAAUGAAUAUGCAAUUGCUGAUGAUCCCCCUGAUCAUGUCCGUACUUUAUGUUUGGGCCCAGCUGAACAGAGACAUGAUUGUGUCAUUUUGGUUUGGGACUCGGUUUAAGGCAUGCUAUCUGCCAUGGGUUAUCCUGGGAUUCAACUAUAUCAUUGGAGGCUCCAUCGUCAAUGAACUGAUCGGCAACUUGGUUGGUCAUCUAUACUUUUUCUUAAUGUUUAAAUAUCCAAUGGAUUUGGGAGGAAGAAAUUUUCUGUCAACACCUCAGUUUCUGUACAAAUGGCUGCCCAACAGAAGAGGAGGAGUAUCUGGAUUUGGGAUUCCUCCAGCCAGUGUGCGAAGACCUGCAGAUAAUCGCCAGGGAGACACAAGACACAACUGGGGCCAGGGCUUCCGGCUGGGUGAUCAAUGAAACAAAACAAACAAAACAAAAAAACUUUCUGCUUUUUUUUUUUUCCCCUUUUUUCUGUGAGGAACAUCUUCGACAACACAUGGGAAUGUUUCUUGCUGUGGAGGGUAUCCGAGGACCAGGUUUGCUCUAGUGUUGUUGGCUCUGACCCGUUACGAAUUCUUGUUUGUUCCUGGCGGAAGACAACACGACUGAAGAGACAAGAUAAGAUUUUAUUCCAGGCCAUUAACUUCUUUAAUUCACUGCUGCCAUUAAAAAAAAAAAUGAUACUUUUUUUUUAAGGGUGUCCAACACAUUGUACUUUCUAUAACUGUUCUCUCGAGGGAAUUCACAUUCGUCAAUUGGUCUUGUAGGCCUCGCUUCAUGAAAGAGCCCUACAAAAAUCCUUCCUGAAUCCAAUUUGAGGUCAAAAAAAGUCAUCGGAGACUUUUCUUCCUCCGGUUUGAAUUAAAUUAAAAUGUUCAGGUCCACAGUGAUGCUAAGGAAAAAAACACUUCAGGUACCUUCAGUUGCAGUUUCUCUUUUAUUUAGUUGGAAACAACUCUUUUUUUUUUUUAAUCCCAUUUUGAGUGACAGGUACUUCUUUAGCCAAAUCAGAUUCGAUUGGUAACAAAUUCUACCUGGAGCCAUUAAAACAAAGGAAGAAAAGUUUGGCUGAAUAAUGCUAGUUUUUAAUUUGCAAGCUUACUGCAGCCUCCGUACUCCCAGCAUAGCAAAUGUGGUGCAUUUUAAAUGCACGGUUCUGUCUGCACUGACUUUGGAAUGAGUUCUAUUGAUCCUGAUUUUGAUGGGGGUUUAAUCCUAUGCAUAUUUAAUUGGAAAUGAGAAAAAAAUAUAUGAUCUGUUGCCUCGAAUGUAUAACAGUGGCUUUGGUGUGUGUAUCCUGGCAUGAAGGACUGGGGAAUGCUUCUCUCGCAGGUGAGUGUGAGAGAGACAGACUGAAUGCAGAAAGAUCUGUUGAAUGCUUAAUGUAGAAAAUACCUCUUUGUAUAAUGAUGAAAGCAACAGGAAUCAGAUAGCUGAGCUUAAUAAAACAGAUAACUAACUUCCUCCAGCAUUUUUCAUUUUUGAAUGAAGCACAAGCAUAGUGUGUAGGAAUAGCUGAUGGAAGAUGGUGAUUCGUUUUCAUGCAAGAACCCGGUGUCAUAAUGUGGAGCUGCUGACAGGUGAUGUUGGAAAACAUUGCCAGGUGUGCUGUGAUAAGGGAGAGUCAGACUUCCCUUUGCCUUUUAAAUUGGUGUUUCCCAACUCUGGUGAUUUCCAGUUGGGUGGACUUCAACACCCAGAAUUCUCCUCAAUGGCCAUGCUGACUGUGGAAUUCUGGAAGUUGAAGUCCACACAGCUGGUAAUUGCAAUGGUUGGGAAAGACGGCUUUAAAUGAUUGGCCUUCUCUAGAGUUUGACGGUCUUUGACUUAAUGUUAAUUAGACAAGACCCACUAUGGAAAUUCAAGAAGCAUCAUAGCAAUCCUAGUCUUGUCUCCAUCCCCUAAUUACAUUAGCCCAUGGGUGGGGAAUGAUGGCCCCUUUAUGACUUGUGGGCUUGAGGAGCAUGGCUGGCUCAGGAAUUCUGGGAGUUGAAGUCCACCAGUCAUAAAGGGGUCAUUGUUCUCCACCUCUGCAUUAGCCGAACCGCCUACGAUACUAAAAUAGGGAUACAAAUGAACAAUACAAAUAGGGAUAUAUAGAGAGAUACAAAUUCAGCUCUGCUAGGAAAUGAUGCUUCCCCAAAAUGGGAAGUGCUGUACUCAUAAUUAUCAAUGCUUUGUUUUUCCCCUCACAAUUUCUUCAUGCCCUGCCAGUGCUCCUUCGAAUCAGUGACUGGUUUGAUAAACUGGGAGUGAUUUCAUUGUUGUCUGCAACCAGUUAAACCAAUCCCUUUAUGGACUCCGAGGAAAGCCUUGAUGAUGUUUUCAGUAGUGCAGUAAUAUGUUGACUAAGGAUUCAGUUAGCACCAAUUUCUUGAUUCUUUAUCAAUCUGGCCUUGGUUUUUAUUUAUAUCUAAUAAACUGACAAAAGACCCAGAUUAUUUGUACUUGUAAUUGUUUUUUUUUUUUUUUAAAUUUAGGAACCCACUUUUUAAAAUGUCGUUGGACACACUUGUGUUUCUAUGAGUUGUUACCCAACAGAGGAAAAAAACGGCAAAAGAGGACAGAAUGCUGUGCAUACCUCAGCCUUUGGUUGCUCAGAUUCUUCCGCCAAAAAAACCCAAGCAAUGGUUUUAAAUUAACUUUUUGGGUGUUGCUAUGCAAAUUAGAAAGCAGUUGUGGGCUUGUAUACCUCUUUUUUUCCCCCUCGUGGCUGAACGCUAUGCUUUAGAUGUUAACUGAAGAAGCAUAUUGCAAAUAUUAUUUUGGCCAAAGCUAGCCUGUUUGUAAAGCAAGAAGUCAGCUGUUAAGAUCUAGAAUACACAGUAGGUUAAAAUCCAGGACAAAACAUUGCUGCAUUUUGAGGAAAAAAUAUUGGUCGACUUUCAGACAGCUAGCGUUUUUUUAUGCACGCUGCAUUUUUACAGUUUUCAGAACGCACACUUAAAAGGCCAGAGAUUGCUUCCUUAUUUAGACAAUUAAUAGGAUUGUCCAUGUCACCUUUUUAAUUAAAAAAAUAAUAAUAAAAGGAGGAAUCGAGAUUAGGACAGUUGUCCCAGUCAUGCUGCUUUUUUUUUGUGAUAUGAAUUCCUUGACUUGGGGAGAAAGAAGGAAAAAAAAUUAUCUCCAAAUGAAAUUCUCCCAUUGUUGGAAACAGUUAUUCUGGUAGUUCUUCAGAAAGAUAUUGCUGGGAGAGCCUUCACUUGGACUUUUUUGUUGGAUUUCUAUGGAGGCAUGGCUUCCACUGGUUAUUAAGCAACCAUGAGUAGCUUCCUCCAUGGAGCAUGGCACUCAAUAAUGAAAAAAUAAUAAUUGUUUCACGGCGAAAGUGGUGUUCUGAUGAACAGAACAGCAACUGAGCUCUUCAAUUGUGGGAACUGGUAACAACAAUUUACCUCCCAUGUUUGCAGGAACAUAAAGAGAUCAAUUCCUAAUGUGUCCCAUCCUUACCAAUAGGAAGAAAAUGGAGAUUAGGUUUGCUUGUUUAUCUCUUCAGAUAAUCAGGAAGGACACCUAGAUAACCAGGUUACAUUAUAUGUGGGAAUGCCUUGAUAGUGACUUGUGGUCUAGCUACACCUUGUAGUAAUUCAGAUAGGUGAGGGAGGACAGGUGAGGGAAGAGAGUUCUACCCUCAGAAUUGGAUUUGGUUCUUUGCAUCUCCACAUCAGCAGAUCUGUGCAUGUGGAAAUCCUAUCUAUUAAGGAGACAGCCUCUAGGUACCUUUUUCUUGAAAUGCUGGUUUUUUCAGAAGCAAUGAUUUCAUUCAAAAAAUUGGUCUGCAACAGUCACACCUUACUGCUUUCCUAAAUUCACUCUUGCGACUUUUCAGCAUUGCUUUGUUCCCCUGAAGCACUUUAUUCCGGGUUUUAAGUUGAUAAUGUCAAGGGCAGAUUCUGUUGUGAAACAGGUACCUCUAUUCUUUUGUAUAGACAACUUCUCUUUUUGUAACUAAAUUCUUUUUUUUUUUUUUUGUUCUUGUCAUUGGUAAAGUUUUAAAUUAAAGCUGUAAAACUGUAA